ACCCACCACCAUUUUUUUCCUUUCUCUCUAGCGGUUGGUAACUAACAUCUUUAUGACAGCUACAUAUCCAUUUCUCUCAUCAUCUUCCUUUUUCUUGAUCUUUGUUUUGGAUUAAAACAGAUCCUCUCACUCUACAGCUCCUACCCUGUCCAUGGCAACCAAUAAUCGUUUCCUUCACAUUUUCAAAUUCAUCUCUGUCAUCUACUUUUUCCCUCUUGUUCAUUCCAUAGACUUCAAUUUUCCUGCUGUUUUUAACUUUGGUGAUUCCAAUUCUGACACUGGUAACCUUAUUGCUGCUGGCUUUGAAAGCAUCAAUCCACCGUAUGGAAAAAUUUAUUUCCAAAAUCCAUCUGGGAGAUACUGCGAUGGCCGUCUCACAAUAGAUUUCCUCAUGGACGCAAUGGAUCUUCCUUUCCUAAAUGCAUAUUUGGAGUCUGUUGGGUUACCAAAUUUUCGGAAAGGAUGCAACUUUGCAGCUGCAGGAUCUAAAAUACUUCCAGCAACUGCAACAUCAGUCAGCCCGUUUUCGCUUGGAGUUCAAGUGAAUCAGUUCCUUCGAUUCAAAGCAAGGGCUCUUGAAUUGAUAGCCAAAGGUAGGAAAUUUGAUAAGUAUCUCCCAACAGAAGAUUACUUUCAGAAUGCCCUAUACAUGUUUGAUAUAGGGCAAAAUGAUCUUGCUGGUGCAUUCUAUUCCCAAACAUUUGAUCAAAUAGUUGCAUCAAUUCCAAAUAUUUUAGUAGAAUUUGAAGCUGGAAUCAAGAAAUUAUAUGAUCAAGGAGCAAGAAAGUUUUGGAUACACAACACAGGUCCUCUUGGAUGCUUGCCUCAAAAUGUUGCCAAAUUCGGAACUGAUCCAUCAAAGCUUGAUGACCUUGGAUGUGUCAGUGGGCAUAAUCAAGCUGCUAAACUUUUUAAUCUGCAGCUUCAUGCUCUCUGCAAAAAACUACAGGACCAAUAUACCGAUUCAAAUGUCACAUAUGUUGAUAUCUAUACAAUUAAAUCUAACCUUAUCGCAAACUAUUCUCGAUAUGGUUUUGAGCAACCCAUAAUGGCUUGCUGUGGCUAUGGAGGACCACCAUUAAACUAUGAUAGUCGAAUCAAUUGUGGGCAAACAAAAGUUUUGAAUGGAACUACAGUCUCAGUCAAAGCAUGCGAUGAUAGUACUGAGUAUGUGAAUUGGGAUGGAAUCCAUUAUACUGAGGCUGCAAAUCAAUAUGUUUCAUCACAGAUACUCACAGGAAAAUAUUCUGAUCCGCCUUUCUCUGAUAAAAUGCCUUUCCUUCUCAAUCUCAAGUUCUAAAGACCUAAUUUCUUUACAGUGAUAUUUAUUCUUUUCCUAAUUUGUUUGAUGGCUGAAACUAAUUAAAGCCAUUGAUAAUAUUAAGUUCUGACAAAUAUUGUACUUUGUGCCUGGAAGUUAAUUCGGAUACUAUGAGUUCAAUUUAUACAAUUUGACAUGGCUUGCAUAA